CCAGGUUUCAUUUCCCACACGUGAUACAGUGUUAUUGCAAAGAGCGCUUCGUAGCGUUAGCGCAGGGCGAGUGCACCUAUAAAUACUAAUAACAGCGGCCAAGAAGAGAAGAGAGGCGAGGCGGCAGAAAGAGGAGAGGAAGAGAAGAAGGGGAGGAAAAUUAAGACAGAGAGAACAAGCGUACUCGCAAGUUCUCCGGCGGAGGCCCCCCACCCGCCCCUCGGUGCACCCAGGGCCAGAGCGGGGCAGAGGGAGGCUCGCAUGCCAUGCCACGCGGGGGGCCGGAGCGCGGUAGCUGCGGCCGCGCACGCUGCUACUGCUGCUGCAGCCGCCGCCGCCGCUGCUGCCGCCGGCCCCCGUCUCCCUUCCCUAGCUUAGCCCUCCCGCGCCUCCUCGUUAUAUCGGGGCAUCGCUGAAAACGGAGACAAUGGCGGGCGGCAGCGGCUGCAGCGGCCACCACCACCACCGCCACCAGCUGCAGCAGCAGCAGCAGCAAGAGCACCAGCAGCGGCGGCGGCGGAGGCGCUCCACCGACGCCAGUCCCCGAGGAAGCGGCACCGGUGCGGGGCAGCAGCAGCAACAGCAACAGCAGCAGCAGCAGCAGCUGCUGCAGACGGAGCCCCUCAGGAAGCAGCGCAUGGACCCACGGCGCCGACAGGCUGCCCUCUUCCUCACCAACAUCUCUCUGGACGGGCGGCCCACGCUGCAGAGCGAGGACUGGGGCAGUGGCGAGGAGAGCGGCGCGGCCAAGUCCGGGACAGGCGGCGCCGCGGGCGGCGGCGGCGGCGUCCGGGCUCGGCUCAGCCUGCUCUCGGCGGCCGACAAGGGCAGCUUCUACCCGCCCGCGGCGGCAGCAGCAGCUGGAGGGACUGCCUGUGUGCUGCAGCAGCAGCAGCAGCUGGGCACUUAUCCCACUGCGGCAGUGCCCCACUACGGGGGUGUCCGGGGGCUGAUGAGCCCCCUGAAUAUAGACCGGGCACCAGGGGAACAGUCUCCAGCAAGCCGGCAGCCACCUCCCCCUCCGCUCCACCAGCCUCAGCAGCUACUGCAGCAGCGUGACGGACCGGGGGAGGGAGGGGAGGAGGAGUUGGAGGAAGACGAUGCCUUUGCCCCGGUACAGGUGCCGGCGGCCACUUUCUUGGGCUCCGGGACACCAGGGGGUGGGAGCGGCAGCCGGAGCCGCCUCAACUCCUUCACUCAGGGAAUCCUGCCCAUCUCCUUCUCCAGACAGACCUCGCAGAACUAUUGCUGUCUUGAGCAGUCGGGGCAGGUGGGCGCCUUCGAGCAGCUGCAGAGGUCCCGACGUCGUCUGAUCUCCCAGAGAUCUUCCUUGGAGACCCUGGAGGAUAUUGAAGAGAAUGCUCCACUGCGAAGAUGUCGGACCCUGUCAGGUUCACCCAGACCAAAGAACUUUAAGAAGGUUCAUUUUAUCAAGAACAUGAGGCAGCAUGAUACGAGGAAUGGCAGAAUAGUCCUUAUCAGCGGCAGGAGGUCCUUCUGUAGCAUCUUUUCAGUGUUGCCUUACCGAGACUGCGCCCAGGCUGGGGAUAUGAAAUUGGAUGGAGGAAGACAAUCUACUGGAGCUGUGAGCUUGAAAGAGAUCAUUGGCCUGGAAGGUGUAGAACUGGGAGCAGACGGCAAGACUGUUUCUUACACCCAGUUUCUGUUGCCCACCAAUGCCUUUGGAGCCCGGAGAAACACCAUAGACUCCACCUCUUCCUUCUCCCAGUUUCGAAAUGCCAGCCAUCGUAGCCUCUCCAUAGGAAGGGCGAGCAGCAGUACCCAAGGGAGCCUUGACACAGGUAGUGACCUGGGAGAUUUCAUUGAUUAUGACCCAAAUCUUUUGGAUGAUCCCCAGUGGCCCUGUGGCAAGCACAAGAGAGUUUUAAUCUUUCCUUCAUACAUGACCACAGUCAUUGACUAUGUGAAGCCUUCAGAUCUCAAGAAAGACAUGAAUGAAACCUUCAAGGAGAAGUUUCCUCAUAUUAAAUUAACUCUCAGCAAAAUACGAAGUCUGAAGCGAGAGAUGAGGAAACUUGCUCUAGAAGAAUGUGGCUUCGAGGAGCCUACCGUGGCCAUGGCCUUUGUCUACUUUGAGAAGCUGGCCCUCAAGGGGAAGCUAAACAAACAGAACCGGAAGCUUUGUGCCGGGGCGUGUGUGCUGCUAGCUGCCAAAAUUGGAAGUGACCUCAAAAAACAUGAAGUCAAGCACUUAAUUGACAAACUGGAAGAGAAGUUCCGGCUGAACCGACGAGAGCUGAUUGCCUUUGAAUUCCCAGUCUUAGUGGCCUUGGAAUUUGCUCUCCAUCUGCCCGAGCACGAAGUCAUGCCCCACUACAGACGGCUGAUCCAGAGCUCCUAGCACAGGCUACCCUCCUGGGGCCGGGGAAAGACUGCUUCCUUUGAGGUCUGCGGGGCAGCCAUUGCAACUGGAAAUGCAAACACAGAACUCCAAAUAUACCAAAUUGUUUUUUCAUCGCCCGUCGUUUUCUUCUGUAGUAGACGCCGUUCUCCGUGCACAGAGACAUUUCAGGGACUCUUCCCUCGUGUUCAGCCUCCGUGAACUCACGGUAGCUCCGGACUGCCCGGAGCCAAGCCGGGGGAACGGGCUUCCGGGGGACCAGGCAAGGAAUAUUCCGUUGCCCAUCUCAGCUGUUGAAACACAAGAGUCUUCUGCAGUCUCCAUUCCAGUCUUCCUUUCUGGUCAUUUGCCCUUCUUGCAGCCCUAGUCCCGGUCCUUCUGUCCUUUCCCGCCUCUCUUAGGGGGCUGUUCCAACGCAGGGAUGGGGCCGCGGAAGGGAACCGGAAAGAGGACUUCUAGAAGUGGGGGGAAGCUUUUAAAAGAUACCUUCACUGUGUCAAAAAGUGUGCCAAUCUAUUUUUGUAUCUGCUCUUGGAAGUGCACUUUCCGGGGGAAGGGGAGGGCGGGGCAGGGGGAGGGCACGUGCCCACGCACAUGGACGUGGGUGUUUCUGUUUCUGUGUGCGCGUGGCUGGACCGACAUUCCUGCUCUCCGAACAGUCCAGUAGUUUACAGAGCGGCGAGCGGGUGACCAGCCUGUCUUUCUCGGAGGAUUUCUUAACGUAACCGUGGGCAAAAGUGAACAGCGAGGUAGAUUGCCCUUCACCGUUCGGUCUCCCAUGGCAGCGUGUUCGGCCCUCUCUGCCUUUUCUGAGAUGGCACUUUAGGCUUCUUUGCCCGUAAGAGACGAGUCAGUGGCGGACCAUCCACUCUAGGAGCGUAGCUUUGUCGCCCCGUCAUUUUUCAGACACGGUCCACUUUGGGGACCCCCACUGGGAGUUUCCCUGCAACGAUACUGAAGCGGCUCGCCAUUUCUUAACCCAGCUCAUUGUGCAGAUGGGGAAACUGAGGCAAACUGGGGUAAGCUAGUGCCACCUCCUUUCAUUGUUUGCAGGAAAGCUAAAGUAGCCUACGGCGAUCAGGGCUUUCCCUUUGUUCCCGGCCCGGCGCCUGUGUAGGCUCCACCCAUAAACGUCUUGCCCAGGGAGAUGGUCAGAAUGGCGCUCUCUGUGUUCUGUUAGUGUGCUCCCUGAAGCUGUUUUACAGGGAUGCGGAGGAUGGUUGAGUCAGCGUAUAAAGCCCAGACCGUCGGGAGAGGAAGCUUAAGACUGAGUCGGUGGAAGCAGGCAUUUGUCUUGGUUUUUGUUUUGGGUUUUUUUUGUUUUUAAUUUAUUACCACGUGAUCCAGGAGCUAUUUUUUUUCAGGCUGAAUCUUCACAGUUCCAUUCCAGCCACAAAAGCCAUUUGUCCGGAGAGCUUGGGGGAAUGAAGCAGAGGUCCGCAGCCGUUCCAUGCUCCAUCGCGCAUUGCGGGCAGCCUUCGGGUGCUGGAAGAUCAAAGAAAGCUUUCCAGGGGUGCAAGGAAAGAAUCUUCAAAUACAGAUCACCGUACGUGGGUGGGUCUAGAGGCACUAUGUCCAGCCAGCCCCUCUUCCCAAGGCAUUGCAGAUCCGGCUGUCCUUUGGGCCCAACACCUUGGGAAUGGGGGUUCCGGUUAGGCUAGACAGAAGCUCGGAUGGGAGGCGGUGGGGCGUGCAAGGGCAGGUGGGAUCGAUGAUGACAUCCUAGGAGGAGUCCCCGAGUCACAGCCCAGGUGGUGGGGAGGCAGAUGGUGGGCUUCCUUGUAGGUGUUGGCUUCCCAGGUGGGGUCAUUUCCCCUCUCACAAGAGUCCCGAGCAGGAAGCAGGGAGGACGAUCCUCCCGUCUGACCAUCAGAUCUUUGUGGAGCUGAGCUGAUCCCAGCUAGUUUAAGGGCACAGAAUGCCUCAAGAGCCAUCGGUGGUUCCUGGAGGACAGACUUUGUACCUUAGUUAUCCUGGCCCAAAGAGAAGGCGCCUCAGCAUUUCUUGUGUUAAGCUUGGAGGGCAGAGUAGUCCCUCCUUCGGCCAUGAGAAUCUCUCUCCUGGAGGUCCGGCUCUUGGAAAUAGCCCAGGCGGGCUGAGCUGUUUCCCCUGUGAGCAGGAAGGGCCCGGCACCUAGAGGCCAUCCUGCAUUCAUGCUCUUCCCAGCUCCUGAGCUCCAGAGGCAGACAGCAGGACACCCCUGAACCCAGCCACCCGAGCCCAACUGGGAAAGCGGGGCCGACCCCUUAUUAACCCAGCCUACACGCUUUCCCUUCAACAACCUACUCCUCCAUCGGACAUUUGCACGGUUCAUUUGCUUUUUGACAUUUGAACGAUGGGGAAGAAUGGAGUCUCUUAAAGAAAAAUUGGAUAUCGGAAGUCUUUAGUGUAUUCUGCCUUACUGUUUGGUUUCAUUUCAAUUGGGGGAUGAUUUUUUUUAAAGCAGAGGAAGGAGGGAAUUGGGCUGGGAAGGAAAACCUUUUUAAUACCCUCAAUUAAAUGAAAGCUUCUCACUACUUUUUUUUUUUUAAACCCUUACCUUCCGUAUUACAAUCAAUACUGUGUAUUGGCUCCAAGGCAGAAGAGUGGUAAGGGCUAGGCAAUGGGGGUCAAGUGACUUGGCCAGGGUCACACAGCUGGGAAGUAUCUGAGGCCUCUCACUACUUUUAUAGAUCUCCUUGGAGAGGAGUCUUGGUGGGGCGCAAGGAGGAGGAGAUGAAGGAAAUGGAACGUGCUGCCAGAGCCAUCCCGAGCAUAAUGGCUGGGAUUUGGGGGAGCUGGGCUGCAGGGGACUGGUUUCACUCAGGAAGGAGGCCUGGUAGGUGGGAAAGAGGAGAGAAGAAAACUUGUGUCUUCUGGUGGGUGCUAAAAAAAGACUUGAGGCUCCUACGCAGAUGAAAAGUCUCCCAUCAACCCGGCAAGUUACAUGAUUAAGACAAAGCUGUCCCACACCCUCAAGCCGCCCCAGGUAUAGAUUUUAGCCUAGGUGUGGCGGUCUAAAAUACAAUGAAAUUGGUUCCUGCCUUGGCCUUAUCCUCCAGGGAUGGACCUGCUGUCAUACCGCUGCAGGGUUGGCUCUCUCUCCCCGAGUGACCAAAAUGAUCCAGUAGAGAACCCUCAGCUUGGAGUCAAGAAGCAACUUCAUUCAUGGCCCAAAUAACAAAGUGACUUGUUGGCUGAUGGGAAAAUUUGUUCGGUUCACAUAGGAAGCUAAGCCAUAGGCACACGUGAGGGAGCCGCCAUUUUCAGGGCUUGGGUUGCAGGGGACAGGGCUCGGGAAGGUCCUGUCUUUGACAUUCUUGCCUUACGCUUUGGCGGCGUUAUCCCUGGGCUUUGUCAUCGAGCUUCUGUGGAGGGUCGCGGGACAGCGAGUCCCUGGGGGGGAGGGGGGGGUUAAAUCCCCAUGUGGUGGCCUCUCCAGAAUCGGCUUCACUGUCAGAGCACAAAGCUUGUCCAGUCCAGGGAUGCUGGGGCCACGCUUCCCUCCUCUCACCAUCCCAUGACAUCCUAUGCUAAAAGCAACAGGAAAUCCUGUUCCCAAAUGGAAGAGAUGAUUGUUUUCCUUGACCUUUUACAGUCAAAGAGUACAUAUACCCUGGGUUUUGUUUCAUUCCCCACAAGACAGUCUAGGGACAGUCCCCAGAUUGGGAAACAUUGCUGUGUACCAUAAGCUGUACCUUACCACGUUUUGGUUUUGCAGGGUGGGAGGGAGGGAGGGUGAAGCUGCUUUCCCUCUUGUAACAAUAAAUAAAACUGUUCAAUACUAAA